UCAGGUGUGUCUCACUCAGCUGGAGGAUAGGACGAGACAAGGCAAACAAACUUCGUCCCCAACAAGCUAAACUCGGGGGAAAGUUUAUCUACAUCACAGAAAAAGAAGGACUAAUUGUUUCUCUCUUCAUGGAAAGUUGAUUGAAUAUUUUUGGAUAAUCUCCACAGAAACAGGUGGUGUGAUCUUCCAGAGACGCCUUCACCACCAUGAGUUGGGGGGCGCUCUAUGCCCAGCUGGGCGGUGUCAACAAACACUCCACAAGUCUAGGAAAGAUCUGGCUCUCAGUCCUCUUCAUCUUCCGCAUCACCAUCCUGGUGGUGGCGGCUGAGAGCGUCUGGGGGGACGAACAGUCAGACUUCACCUGCAACACGCAGCAGCCCGGCUGCAAAAACGUCUGCUAUGACCACUUCUUUCCUGUGUCGCACAUCCGCCUGUGGUGCCUGCAGCUGAUAUUUGUGUCUACGCCAGCCUUGCUUGUGGCAAUGCACGUCGCCUACAGGAAACGAGAGGAUAAGAGAACCAUGCUGGCCUCCAAUGGCCCCGAGAAACCUUCAGACACCGACCUGGAGACGCUAAAGAGGAGGCGUCUGCCAAUCGCAGGCCCUCUGUGGUGGACCUACACCUGCAGCUUGUUUUUCCGUCUCAUAUUUGAGGGCGGCUUCAUGUACGCUCUGUAUUUUGUCUACGAUGGCUUCCAGAUGCGCCGGCUAGUGAAGUGUGAGCAGUGGCCUUGCCCCAACAAGGUGGACUGCUUCAUCUCCAGGCCAACGGAGAAGACCAUCUUCACCAUCUUCAUGGUGUCCUCGUCUGCCAUCUGCAUGGUGCUGAACGUGGCCGAGCUGUGCUACCUCAUCGGCAAGGCGCUCAUGAGGUGCUCAAACAGGUCGACCAGGAGGAAACACCCAUACACCAACACGGAUAGCGUGACGCGGGACAAUGCCCAUCUGCAGAACAAAAAGAACGAGAUGCUGCUGUCUUCCAACACGGAUUCGACCAGCAAUAAGAUGUGCUGAAGGGGAACCAUCAGCGGUGGGGGAGAAGAAAAACAUAAACUGUAAAUCCAACCACCUAUUAUGGUCACAGUUUGUGUCUAACAUUGGUAAUUAGGCUCUAAAUGUGAGCAUCCAAUAGAAAUGUCUAAUGGGGAGGUGAAACUGAGAAUGUGGGAACCUCAAAAGCACCACAACAGAUUAGUUAAGCUCAACAGCAGCUUAUGUAGCUGAGUUAAAAUAUGUUCUUCCCUGGUGCAAAAAGAACUACAUUGAUGGAUCAAACAAAAGUAUACUUUAAAAUCUGGUUGCAUUCCCACCAGUAAGUGUUACUUAAAGGGCCUGCUUAAGGUGUUAUUAUUAUCUUUACUUAUGUGGAUCUUCCACAUGAUCACAAGUGUCACCUUACUUUUCACACAGUUGGUUAGAUGAUUGAUAGCGUUUUUUUUAUUUAUUGUUCACAGUUUGAAGUUGCUUGAAUGUUUUGAGAAGAAUGAGUCUAUGCUGACAUCUAGUGGUUCCAAGUGGUACCUCACAAGAGCACAAACACCUUCCUCGAAGCCUGAAGGAUUUCUUAAAGAAGAGGAAGGAGAACAAAUGAAGUCAUGAAAGUGAAGCAGGAAAAAAAAGAUUGUUUUAGUCUCUAGUUUACAAAAGCUUACAUUUUAUUUUUAAUUCUUGUUAAUUGAUAAAAGCAGAUGCGUUUUUAUGAUACUGCUGUGUUGAAUCAAGUGGCAGUAGCAAGACGUUUUUAAAUUCAUAGUAGAAUAACUUUGUAGUCUUUUCAUUUUUGUGUGUUUAUAAUUACUGAGAAGUGUGUUGCACAAGAUUAUUAAGAUAUUAAUAUAACAUGAUGAAAUCUUACACAGUGGUUUAGUAGAUUUGAUGCUCUUUGCUGUUAAAUCAGAUCAGAAUGUCUUUUGUCUUUUACUUGAACUGGAGAGGUUUGAAGUGUUUUCCUUACAUGAGUUAAAUUCCCUGAGAAUGAGCAUAUUUUCACAUGUGCACGCCAGGUGAAAAACACGAUGUACAAGAUGUUUUAUUCUGCAGACAGUAAAUGCAUAGAAACCUAUACAGGUCUGGAUCUGGAAAUCAAAAGUUAAAAAAAGGGUCAAAAAACAAAUGGGACAUGACUGAAAGAUUCAUUCAGAAAGACUGAGUGAUGUUAAUACAAACAGCUUGUGAAUAUACUAAAUCUGUCAAGCAUUUAGUGAUUUCUAGAUACACAUGAAUUAAUAUUUCACUCAAUAUUUUUGCUCCUGAAGACGCUUUUAGUUACUUUCAAAAAGCAGUAUAUUUAAGCUGUACAAGCAACUUCUCUUGUUAUAGGAUUCCAAUUCAUUUUUGAUAAUGUAAAUGUAUUUAAAGUUAUCUAUUCCUCUUACCUGUAGUGCAAUGUAUCAAUUUAGAUUGUUUUGGUGUGAGAUAUGGCUUUAGAGAUGUCUGCUUCUCUCAAACAUAUGGAACUAGAUGGCACUUCCCUUGUGGUACUCAAAGCGGCAAAAAAUACAUCACAAUUACUCAACAGCAAUGUCUUUUCACAGAAAUCCUGAAAUUGUUACCCAAGAUAAUGCACAGAAGUUUUCGUGAGCAGUUUCAUGUAUGAACUAUUUUAUUUCUGGUGUAGUUUGUACAUGAAACUGUUCAAAACAGGGUCAGGAUUUUUCUGGAAAAAGACAUUGCUGUUGGGUAUUUUAAAUGUAUUUUCUUGUGCCAUCUAGUCCCAUUAUAUUGGAGAGAAAGCAGACAUAUCCAACAUUCUGCAACACACGCCAAAACAAUCUAGAUUGAUCAACUGUUCUACAGGUAAGAGGAACCAUGUUUAAUUUGGGGGUGAACUGUCCCUUUAAUAGCCUAGAGCUCUUAAUCCUUGCCUCCUGAAACACCAUGCAGACGUUCUCCUGUCCGACUCAGAUCUGGCAGUUCGGUGUUAUUUGGACUCGUGUUGUUGCUGCAGCAUGUACGGACCCCAGCUGGCUGUAUCAGCUUUCAGCAUGUGCCUUAUUUAGCCCCCGCACUAAUCACUGCUCGCCCUCUUAACGUGUGGCACUACGGGCCGGUCUCAAAGUGAAAAUGUCUUUGUCCUCCCUCCCAUCCAGGAAUAACUGAGCUGGAUUACUCACAUCUGUGUAUCUAAAAAUACUAAUUCUAAUUUCUUAAAUUAUACCUUUUUUUUCUUUCUUUAAAUCACCUCAUGUGAACAGUGAGAAUAUUGAUUAGAAAAGAUUGUAAAAGUGAGAAAAUAUGGACAGUAGAUUAAAAAUAAGUAAAUAUAGAUUAGUCAUAUUCUGUUAUAAAUGAUCCAGUUCAGUUGAGUUAUCAAAUGAAGUGUAAUUUUGACAUUUUUAAAUGGAAAUAUUGUCCAAAGAAUGCAGAUUCAAGAUAAAUAUUUGCAACAUUACUUUGUCGUCUGCUCCACAUUGACCUUUGACCUCUUUGCUUUCUGUAACAGCCAAAUUACAUUUUGACACAACAUUUUGAUGCAGCAAUGACGUGUUUUUAAGGGGACGAGCCUGAUUCAUUCCAGUCCCAAAAUACUUGUUUGUUUUUUUAAAAACAUUUUUCUAUUGAGAUUUAUUUCCAGUCUUUAGGUUUAGUAGUCUGCUUUUAACAAACGACAUGAUACUAAUGAAGCAGCUUUUCUGAGCAAGAAAUGAAGAUAUUAAAAGGUUUGUAAUUGUGUUUUGUACCUGAGAUGUUUUUAUCACAUUCGCACUUUGAUCUUUGAAGUCUUUUUUUUUUCAUAAAUCAGUCAAAAAAA